GAACACAAAGAGAGCACUAUAGAGGAGUGAGGCAAAGGCCAUGGGGAAAAUGGGCAGCUGAGAUAAGAGACCCAAAGAAGGCAACUCGUGUUUGGCUAGGCACAUUUGACACAGCUGAAGAUGCAGCAUUAGCCUAUGACGAAGCAGCACUAAAGUUUAAAGGCUCCAAAGCUAAGCUUAACUUCUCUGAACGAGUCCAAGGCCGAGCUGAUCUUGACUUCUUAGUAUCCAAAGAUGUUAGUCCUAAACCAAUCCUUGAUCUAAUAGUCCCCUCCUAUCCGGACCUUAUUCAAUAUGUACAACUUCUCCAAAGUAAUGAUGAGGAUUUACAAAAUGUGGCCUCUGCACUAUAUGUUAGAGAACCCUCGCUCUUAGGGACUUCUCAAAUGCCACGAGCUUCUACUUUAACAUCCUCAUUGGCAUUUGAUGAAAUCUAUCUACAAUUUGGAACAAGCUCAUCCUCUUUGUUGAGCUCAAGGACUAAAGAUGAUCAAGAGGAUGAUGGUAAGAAAAAUAGCCAACCAAGAGAGUGAAAAACAUCGGUCUAGUUGGUGCAAUGCAAUAGUUUUAGGGAUAAGAAUUAUGAGGAGAGAUUUAUAUGGUCUAUUAAAGAUUUUUGUGUUUUUUUAUGGAUCUUCAAUUUAGUUGAUUCUUAUAUUAUGUAUCUGACUUUUUUUUUAUUAUUAUUAUUGACUAGUCUUAUAUUUGGUUUCUUGAACAUA